AAAAUCUGAAACUUGUUCCCAGGGUCAUUUCGGUAAAUUAGGCUUAAAAUUAGGGUUUAUGGUUCCCCUGAUAAAUCUCCAGCUUGUCCUGCGCUUCAUUCUGCCGCGCCUGCACAAUCACAAUAUUUCGGCAGAGUCAUCCUUCAGGAAGUAGAGUUCAAUUUUCAAUAACCAAAUGUCAGGAGAAGAGGUUAUUGUCGCUGCCGAGACAGUGCCACCAAUUGCAGGUGAGCCAAUGGACAUCAUGACUGCCUUGCAGCUUGUGCUGAGAAAAUCAAUGGCUUAUGGUGGUCUUGCUCGAGGCCUUCAUGAAGGUGCUAAGGUUAUCGAGAAGCACGCUGCACAGCUCUGCGUUCUUGCCGAGGACUGUGACCAACCCGACUAUGUAAAACUUGUGAAAGCCCUCUGUGCUGAGCACAAUGUUAGCUUGCUGACAGUUCCAAAUGCAAAAAGCCUUGGAGAGUGGGCCGGUUUGUGUAAGAUCGACUCAGAAGGAAAGGCUAGAAAGGUGGUCGGUUGCUCCUGCGUGGUUGUCGAGGAUUUCGGGGAGGAACAUGAAGCCUAUAACGUUGUGUUGCAGCAUGUUAAAUCUCACUGACUUCUCCACAAACACCUUCCUUUUUGUGGGGUCUCGUUGGAGUCGAUGGUCUGAGUCAUUUUUGCCGGGUAGCCUAAGUACAUCUGCAUAGUAGGGGUUUUAAUCUCUCAUUACAAUCUUCAGUUUUGAAUUAACAGUUAUUGUUGUCGCUCUAGUUAUAUAUGCAAAUUUAUUAUCAUUAUUUUUUUAUAAUACUGCUUUAUCGGUAAUGACGUGGAGAACAAUAUUCAUAAGCAUUGGAGAUUGAUAUAUAUAUCUGUUACACGUUGCUUA